UACCGCAUCUUCCAGUCACAGCAAACCUCCGCCAUGGAGAGCUACAACAUCGCCAUCAUUGGCGCCAUGGGCGUCGGCAAGUCGACCUUUGUGCAACGAAUCCUGGGCUUGUCGCGCCCGCCGAUAUCUACCGCGUCCAGCGUUCGCAUCGUCCUUGAUUCGACGUCUUACAUGAUAACGCUCCUCGAGCUAGAUCUGGAUUCCUUCGAGUUGAAUACACCACAUCCCAUCCAGUGGCCGAAACAGAUCAACGGCCACAUCGUGCCCCGAGUCGACGCCGCCUUGGUGCUUUACGAUGUUACAAAUAGAGAAACCAUCCGCGAACUUCCUCAGACGCUGGCUGCUUUGAUGAAUUCGAAUAUGCCCGCCGUGUUGGUCGCCAGCAAAUGCGAAGCUCCUGAAGAAGAACAACAGGUCAAUGCAGAUGAAUUGGCGAACCACACGCUCUUCAAAUCUUGUUUGGCCCACUUCAAAAUCUCUUCUGCCAGCCCCGAAAUCGAUCGAAGCUGUCUGCAUGCCAUUCUCCGGGCUGCCGUGGCCCAUAGAAGGGGCAUGUCACCACAGAUUGGUGAGAUAGGUGCUGCUCGCAAGAGGGCACAGUCGGCCGCGAACCUCGAUGCCCCUGAUGUCAGCAGCCGGCCAGUCAGCGAAGGGAGACAUAACCGUGCGAGCUCGGAUUUUUCGCUGCUUCGCGGCUUCCAGCCUCCAGGUUCCGGCACUCCCAUUGCCGAUGGCCAUAUGCAGAAGCCAGCGUCCAGAAGUCCACACCGAGAUGCCCGAGGAAGCGAUGCCUUCCUUGAUGUUGAAGAGUCCGACACUGAUUCCCGUCGAUAUUCCGACGAUAUCCCCAUCUUGCAACGCAGCGACGAUGUUGUUAUAGACAAACAGCAGAAGAAGAUGACGGGUCUGUCGUUCGACGAUCUCGUAGAUCGGCUGCUAGCGUUACGCCUUUCCAGGGCAGAUGCCAACUUUACUGAUGUGUUUCUCUGCCUAUAUCGAAAGUUUGCUGCCCCUGGAAAGCUCUUUUCUGCAAUUUUGAUGCGACUGGAUCGCGUAAGGGAUGACAAGACGGCGCAUCACCUAACCAAGACAGCCACUCAGCUUAGAAUCAUUGAGACCAUGGCCAAAUGGGUGUCGCUGUAUCCUGGCGACUUUGCUCGCCUAACCACGCGACGAAACCUUGACGAGUUUAUCAGAUAUCUUUCCACUGAGCCAAUUUUCUGCAUCGCUGCUAGGCAAAUGCAUCGGAACCUUACCCUCCACGUCAUAGAGGACGAUGAUACAGGCUGGGCUAAUGCCGACGAUGCCAAUGACCAGCUGGUCAGCGAUAUUCUUUCUAAAGAAUUGAGUGAGCUACCGGCAGGGCUGACUGCCUUACAGUUUGAGGAAGACAGCAAUUUCGAGCGGCCUUCUGUGAGCUCGGAAAACCUCAACAGAGUGGUUGGCAGUGGCGGCCAAAUACAGCUCUACUCAUAUGAAGACUAUGAGAGAGAAGCUAGUACCUUGGACCCCACAGCUCAAUUACCCAUGAAUAAGUUCCGCUAUCGCAUCUUUGUCGAAAUUAAAGACGACGAUAUUGCAGAUGAGCUCACUCGGAUCGACUGGAUCAUGUUUUCUUCCAUUCGAAUUCGCGACUUUGUGCGCCACGUCAGUCUGCCGGCCAGCCAAAAGGAGAGCUGCAAGAGUUUGAAUAACAUAAAUCGCAUGAUCAACCACUUCAACCAUGUUGCCAAGUGGGUCGCAAACAUGAUUCUCCUACGAGAUAAGGCAAAACACCGAGCAGUUGUUCUCGAGAAAUUUAUGAAUAUUGCCCUUAAGCUUCGACAGCUCAACAACUACAACGGUUUGGCGGCUGUCUUGGCAGGACUAAAUGGAACGGCAAUCCACCGCCUCGCUCAAACAAAGGCUCUGGUUUCGCCAGAGACUCACAAGAAGUUUGCGAGAUUGCUCAUUUUAAUGGGUACUCAAAAGAGUCAUUUUGCCUAUCGACUGGCCUGGGAGAACUCUCCUUUGCCUAGAAUUCCUUUCAUUCCCCUGCACCGCCGUGAUCUGGUGUCUGCCGAGGAAGGCAGCAAAACACUUGUUGGGCCCAACGGCGAUCGGAUUAAUUGGAAGAAAUUCGAGGUCCUUGGAGAGGUGCUUUUGCCUCUCAUGAAGAGCCAAGGCACCCCGUAUCCUAACCUUUCCAAAAACGACAAUGUUCGUGAGCUAAUAUUGAGCUGCCAUAUGGCAACGGAUGAAGAGGAGAUUUAUCAACGAAGUCUUGCUUUAGAGGGCUCCUCGUCAGGAGGACCCUUGGAGCCAACCAAGAAGAUAUUUCCAUGGCUUAAAUAAUCGCUAAGGCGAGGAGUUUUUCUUUUUUGGUUGUAGCAA